ACAUGAAUUUCAUCUUGUUGGCAUUGACAACAAUUUUUAUUAAUGACACGUUGAUCUUGAAUUGGGGCCUUUUAUUGAAAAUAGUAAGAAAUGGGCCAAAAGUUCCAAUAUGAUGAAAGCGGCGGAACGUUUUUCUAUUUUCUAUUGUCAUUUUGGGCUCUGAUUCUCGGCCCAGUCACGCUGUUUUAUUGGCCCAGGAAACAGAAACGCAAUCCCGACGAAGAGAAAAAACUGUGUCAUUGUCAACCAUGUCUCCAGAAAAGGGAGCACUUGAAGAACGCAGAACCCUGGAGAGGAAUCAAACAUUUCCUAAUCAAGCUGGUGAUAGUGGGUGGCUGGCUAACUUUGAUAUUCUUAGCGUAUAAAGUGUCGCAGUUUGAUUAUGAAAUGGCCAAUUUUGAUCCGUAUGAAAUCCUGGGAAUUUCCACCGGUGCCAGCCAGUCCGAAAUCAAAAAGGCCUAUAGGAAAUUGUCGCUAAUUCUUCACCCUGAUAAGGACACAGGCAAUGAAAAGGAAUUCAUGAAACUGUCCAAAGCCUAUCAGGCGUUGACUGAUGAAGAAUCCAGAAAGAACUGGGAGAAGUACGGGAAUCCUGAUGGACCCGGAGCUAUGAGUUUUGGCAUAGCCCUGCCUUCUUGGAUAGUUGAAAAAGAAAAUAGCGUGUGGGUUUUAGGGCUUUAUGCCUUAGUCUUUAUGGUGGCACUGCCAAUAGUGGUUGGUACUUGGUGGAACCGGAGUAUCAAAUUCACUGGAGAUCAGGUUCUGUUGGACACUACGCAAAUGUAUUAUUACUAUUUCCACAAAACCCCCAACAUGGCUCUCAAAAGGGUCAUCAUGAUUUUAGCUGCAAGUCUGGAGUUUGAUAGGAAACACAACUCGGAAAUUGUAGAAAGACCGUCUGAUGACGAAGAAGUUCCUCACCUAUUCAAGAAGCUGCCCAACUUGAAGGAGAAGAACAAAGAGAAGCCGCUUUGCUACCCUUACAGUCUGAAAGCUCGCGCCAUACUCCACGCUCAUUUGAGUAGAAUCGCCUUAAAUCCCGCUACUCUAGAAAAAGAUCGCCAGUAUAUCGUGGGCAAAUGCCCAUAUUUAAUCCAAGAGCAGGUCAAUUGCGUCAAUCAACUGAUACUGCUGGCUUACGCCGGAAGAAUCAAAAGUCUGCCCUCAAUAGAGACAAUAGAAAACUGCAUGAAACUCUGUCCCAUGGUGGUUCAGGGCCUAUGGGAGUUCAAGUCUCCUCUGAUGCAGCUGCCGCACAUAAACGACGACAAUUUAAAGUACUUUAUGUCGAAAAAACGGCAAAUCAAGUCGCUGCAACAGUACGCACAAAUGAAAACCGAUGAGAGGAGGUCGUUACUCAGAAAUCUCAGCGAUGAAGAGUACGAGAAUGUCAUCAAAGUUCUAGGGAAAAUGCCGUCUAUAGAUUUUCAAAUUACUGUAGAGGUUAUGGACGAUGAAAACCCCACGGAAGUAACCGCCGGUGCCAUUGUAACAGUAACAGUCAACUUAAAACGGAAGAACAUGUCUAGUCUAUUCAAUGAUGAUGUGGCGGAGGAUGACAUUGCAGAGAAUGGCCUGGACGAGGGCAAAGAAGCCGGAGGUGGCGAUGGAGAUAAUGAUACCAAAGUGAAACGACCUGCAUGGUUGAAGCAGAAGAAAGGUGGAGGUAAGAAGGUAAAGAAAGCGUCUAAGCCGGCUCCAAAAGCGGCGGCCCUGAUAAAAACCAACGUUGAGGAUUCGCCCAGCGUGUCGGUCGAGAGGAAGUCGAAGAGCAAAAGCGAGCGGAAGCAACGCUUAGAUGAAGACCAGGCAGACUCUGCAGAUGAGAGCGAUGCCGACACUAAUGAGUUGAAUGACAAAUCCUCAGGAGAUGAGAGCACUACUCAGAAAUCCAAUCCUGAAGAUGAUGAUCAAGAGUGGGAAAAAUUCCGCAAAAUCCACGAAAGGGAAAAAUCGCUGGAAGGAAAAUCAAAGUCCUCUCAUGCAGUUCAUUGUCCAUAUUUUCCCCAUGACAAGCAAGAGUACUGGUGGACGUACAUUUGCGACCGCAAGUCUCGAACGUUACUAACAGCCCCUUAUCACAUAACUGGCUUGGUGGAACAAGAGACAGUACAUCUAAAAUUCACCGCGCCCACUUGGGCAGGAGUUUACUCCUUUACAGUGUGCCUUAGGUCAGAUUCGUAUAUCGGCUUCGACCAACAAAAAGACUUUAAACUGGACGUGAAGAAAGCCCCAGAGGAAAUCACGAAGCACCCGCAGUGGGAGUUUGAGGACUCUGAGGAGGAGAAUCCGGUGGAUAAAGCAGACCAAGAGUCCGAGUAUACGACGGACGAAGAUCUGCCUGAAGAUGAGGAUUAAGUUAUUGUUGUUAAUUGUGAGAGGUUUUUAUACUUUUUUGUCCAUUUGGUUGUAUAGUCUCAAUUAAUGGUGAGUUAUUAUUUACGUCACUUUUAAACUGUAAUUGUUUCUGCAGUGAUAUUUUCCCGUUUUUCCUCCAGUUGGUUCUAUUUUGCUAAUUCCCGUAGUUUUCUGUUUUUCAUCAGCUGCAAUAUUUCCAAACCAAAGAAUAUCAAAGUUGGAAAUGAAGUAUUUCAUAGCAGAGUGCGUCGCACUUUAUAAUUGGUAAUUGGGGUAUUUUAGUGAAUUUUAAUUUACACUAUUUAUAUUUAUAUAAAAUCUACUAAUUCAGAGCUAUGUACCGAAUUUAAUUAUCUGCGUCGAAAUACAUGUAAUUAAAUUAUGUUCUAAAGCA